GGGGCACCGGCAGCGGAGGCGCGGGAUGGCGCCGCCGGGGCGCGCCGAGGUCCCGCAGCCAUGACGGUGCCCCGGGACAUGCCCGAGAAGUGGCGGCGGGUCCGCGGCCCCGGUGGGGCGGAGGAGGAAAGGCGGGUGCGAGCCAAUGCGCGGGAGUACAACGAGAAGUUCCAGUACGCGAGCAACUGCAUCAAGACCUCCAAGUACAACAUCGUCACCUUCCUGCCUGUCAACCUCUUCGAGCAGUUCCAGGAAGUGGCCAACACCUAUUUCCUCUUCCUCCUCAUCCUGCAGCUGAUCCCACAGAUCUCUUCGCUCUCCUGGUUCACCACCAUCGUGCCUUUGGUUCUUGUCUUAACCAUCACAGCUGUCAAAGAUGCUACCGACGACUAUUUCCGCCAUAAAAGUGACAACCAGGUGAACAACCGGCAGUCUCAGGUGCUGAUCGGCGGAGUCCUCCGGCAAGAGCAGUGGAUGAAUGUCCGUGUCGGAGACAUCAUCAAGUUGGAGAACAACCAGUUCGUGGCGGCUGACCUCCUCCUCCUCUCCAGCAGCGAACCCCAUGGGUUGUGCUACAUAGAGACCGCGGAGCUGGACGGAGAGACCAACAUGAAGGUACGGCAGGCCAUCCCUGUCACCUCGGAGCUGGGUGACACCAGCAAGCUGGCUCAGUUUGACGGCGAGGUGAUCUGUGAACCCCCCAAUAACAAGCUGGACAAGUUUGGCGGGAUGCUGUACUGGAAGGAGAACAAGUACCCCCUGAGCAACCAGAACAUGCUGCUGCGGGGCUGCGUCCUACGCAACACCGAGUGGUGCUUCGGCCUCGUCAUCUUUGCAGGGCCCGACACGAAACUGAUGCAGAACAGUGGUCGGACCAAGUUCAAGCGGACGAGCAUCGAUCGGCUGAUGAACACGCUGGUGCUCUGGAUCUUCGGGUUCCUGGUGUGCAUGGGGGUGAUCCUGGCCAUCGGCAACGCCAUUUGGGAGCAUGAGGUGGGCGUCUGCUUCCAGAUCUACCUGCCCUGGGAUGAGGGGGUGCACAGUGCCUUCUUCUCCGGCUUCCUCUCCUUCUGGUCCUACAUCAUCAUCCUCAACACUGUGGUGCCUAUCUCGCUCUACGUGAGUGUGGAGGUGAUCCGUCUCGGGCACAGCUACUUCAUCAACUGGGACAAGAAGAUGUACUGUGCCAAGCGCCGGACGCCAGCCGAGGCCCGGACCACCACCCUUAAUGAGGAGCUGGGGCAGGUGGAAUACAUCUUCUCUGACAAGACCGGCACCCUCACCCAGAACAUAAUGGUCUUCAGCAAGUGCUCUGUGAACGGGCACAGCUAUGGUGACAUGCAGGAUAUGCUGGGUCACAAGGUGGAGCUGAGAGAGAGGCCAGAGCCAGUUGAUUUCUCCUUCAACCCACUGGCGGACCCACGGUUCCAGUUCUGGGACCCCAGCCUGCUGGAAGCCGUCAAUCUGGGAGACCCCCACGUGCAUGAGUUCUUCCGCCUGCUCUCGCUCUGCCACACCGUUAUGUCUGAGGAGAAGAGUGAAGGGGAGCUGUAUUACAAGGCUCAGUCCCCGGAUGAGGGAGCGCUAGUCACGGCUGCCAGAAACUUUGGCUUUGUGUUCCGGUCCCGCACGCCAAAGACCAUCACGGUGCACGAGCUGGGUCGAGCCAUCACCUACCAGCUGCUGGCCAUCCUGGACUUCAACAACAUCCGCAAGCGCAUGUCCGUCAUUGUCCGCAGCCCCGAGGGCAAGAUCCGGCUGUACUGCAAAGGUGCUGACACCAUCCUGCUGGAGCGCCUGCACCCCAUCAACCAGGACCUGACCAACGUCACCACUGACCACCUCAAUGAAUAUGCUGGUGAGGGGCUGCGGACGCUGGUGCUGGCCUACAAAGACCUGGAGGAGAGUUACUAUGAGGACUGGUCCGAGCGGCUGCACCGAGCCGGCAGUGCCCCUGAGGCCCGUGAGGAUCGCCUGGCUCGGCUCUAUGACGAGGUGGAGCAUGAUAUGAUGCUGCUUGGAGCCACAGCCAUCGAGGACAAACUGCAGCACGGGGUCCCCGAAACCAUUGCCAUCCUGACGCUGGCCAACAUCAAGAUCUGGGUGUUGACGGGGGACAAACAGGAAACAGCUGUGAACAUUGGCUACUCCUGCAAGAUGCUGACGGAUGACAUGACGGAGGUGUUUGUGGUCACAGGCCACACUGUGCUGGAGGUGCGAGAGGAGCUCAGAAAAGCCCGGGAGAAGAUGAUGGAUGCAUCGCGCUCCAUCGGCAACGGCUUCUCCUACCAGGAGAAACUCUCCUCCUCCAAGUUCACCUCAGUGCUGGAAGCCAUCGCAGGCGAAUAUGCCCUGGUCAUCAAUGGGCACAGCCUGGCCCACGCACUGGAGGCUGACAUGGAGGUGGAGUUCCUGGAGACGGCAUGUGCCUGCAAGGCUGUCAUCUGCUGCCGCGUCACACCCUUGCAGAAAGCCCAGGUGGUGGAGCUGGUGAAGAAGUACAAGAAAGCUGUGACCCUGGCCAUCGGGGAUGGGGCCAACGAUGUUAGCAUGAUCAAGACUGCCCACAUCGGGGUGGGCAUCAGCGGGCAGGAGGGCAUCCAGGCAGUGCUGGCCUCCGACUACUCCUUCUCACAGUUCAAGUUCCUGCAGCGCCUGCUCCUGGUGCACGGGCGCUGGUCCUACCUACGCAUGUGCAAGUUCCUCUGCUACUUCUUCUACAAGAACUUCGCCUUCACCAUGGUCCACUUCUGGUUUGGCUUCUUCUGCGGCUUCUCAGCGCAGACCGUGUAUGACCAGUACUUCAUCACACUGUACAACAUCGUCUACACGUCGCUGCCCGUGCUCGCCAUGGGCGUCUUCGACCAGGAUGUGCCAGAGCAGCGGAGCAUGGAGUACCCCAAGCUCUACGAGCCUGGGCAGCUGAACCUGCUCUUCAACAAGCGGGAGUUCUUCAUCUGCAUCGCCCAGGGCAUCUACACCUCCGUCCUCAUGUUCUUCAUCCCCUACGGCGUCUUCGCUGAUGCCACCCGUGAUGAUGGCGCCCAGCUGGCCGACUACCAGUCCUUCGCUGUCACUGUCGCCACCUCCCUUGUGAUUGUCGUCAGCGUGCAGAUCGGGCUGGACACAGGCUUCUGGACGGCCAUCAACCACUUCUUCAUCUGGGGCAGCCUGGCCGCCUACUUUGCCAUCCUCUUUGCCAUGCACAGCGACGGCCUCUUCCAGCUGUUCCCCAACCAGUUCCGCUUUGUGGGUAAUGCACAGAACACGCUGGCCCAGCCCACGGUCUGGCUGACCAUUGCCCUCACCACCGUGGUCUGCAUCAUGCCCGUUGUGGCCUUUCGCUUCCUCAAGCUGGACCUGAAACCCGAACUCUCAGACACGGUGCGCUACACUCAGCUGGUACGGAAGAAGCAGAAGACCCAGCACCGGUGCAUGCGGCGUGUGGGGCGUGUGGGCUCGCGCCGUUCCGGCUACGCCUUCUCCCACCAGGAGGGUUUUGGGGAGCUCAUCAUGUCGGGCAAGAACAUGCGGCUCAGCUCCCUGGCGCUCUCCAGCUUCGCCACCCGCCCCAGCGCCGGCUGGAUUGAGACCCUGCGCAAGAAGAAAGGCAGCGACAGCAGCACUGCCGCCAGCCCCAGCGGCGCGGCCGACAAGACGCUCAAGGUGUGAGGCUGGGGGAGUUGCGUUCCCUCCUGUGCAGCCAGGGGGCCCCCUGCCCCCUUCUCUCACUAUGGCCCAUGGGGGGCCAAGCCCCUCCUGCGGGGGGUUCCUGUGGGGGGAGCAGAGGCCAUGUGGGCCCAGGUACUGAGGUUUGGAGGAGUCUGGACUGCCACAGUGUAACCAAAAAAAUACUCUUCCCCGUCCCCAGGAUGGACGGCCGCUGUCCCCAGCAGCCCCCUCAGGCCGCUCCUCUGUCAGUAUUCACCUCCACGGAGUGCAAAUACCCCAUCACACGCGAAUGUAUUAUGCCAGAGCCACCGCUGCAGGUGGGCGCAGGGGGUCUGGGGGGGCUGUGACAGCGCCCUGCCCCCUCGCCCACUCCUCAACCACGUGUCUUCUUUUUAUAUAAAACAGGAAAAAAAAAAAAAAAAGAUAAAAAAACCAAAACCCCACAACAACAACAACAAAAAAAAAGGAAGGAAAAACCCUCCACGUUUACAGAGCAACUUGUUUCUCUCAGUGUUGGCACGGCUGGUUAUGGAGGGAGCGCGGGGGGCCAGACACUGGUGCUGGGGGGCGAGGGAUGUCACUGUCCUCCAGCCCCCUGCCUUGGGAUGCGCUGGGAUGGGGUGCUGGGUGGGAAAGGGGAAGCGUUCCCUGGCUCCUUCCUGCUUUCUGCGGGAAGCAGGGGCGUUUGCAGGCCGCUGUGAUUCACUCCCACGCUGGGUUCUUGCACAACCCUCGGCUUCUGCUUCUUCCCUCCUCCUCGCCAGCUCCCAGGGGACCAGACCCUUGGAGGGAGGGGGUGGCAGGUGGGCAUCGCCCCCUCCCUGUCAGAGGGUCUCUGGGGGGGUGUUAGGCUCCCAGGGGCCGCUCUCUCCUUGAUACCAAAGAGGAAACUGUUCAGGACGGGCUCUGGCAUGGGCUGGAGUCUAUUUUUGGGGGUGUUUGGGGGUUAUUUUGUGUCGCGGGGGGGGCAGGGGCGAGGAUUGGGUCAUCUAAUUUAUUACACGUUUCUAUAUUGCGGAAUUGUAUCAUUUUAUGGGGCCACAGAGAAAAGAACCAAAAACCAGCUUUUUCUAUAUAAAAAAGAAAAACGUUCUGA